AUGCGAGAUAAAAUCGACUCAUUCUCUGUAUUGUUGAUUUUAGGUCAUACAGAAUCAUGGGAGAGGGGUCAUCCUGGAUUACGAACACAGUGUUAUACUGAAGGUAUACCAAAUGGAAGAACUGGUCCAUUUGAUCCUACAAAUAAGACCACAAUGGAAUUUCUGACAUUGUUUUUCAAUGAAACCACUUCAAGAUUUCCAGAGAGAUUUAUUCACCUGGGUGGUGAUGAUGUCUCCUUUGAAUGUUGGGAAUCAAAUCCUGGGAUUUUGGAAUUCAUGAAGACAAAGGUUUUCGGUGAAGACUUUGGAAAACUCGAAUCAUAUUAUUUUGAUCAACUUACUGCAGCUAUUCAAUCUGUUCAACAAAAGCGGGACCCUAUCACACCAGUUGUUUGGGAGGAUGCAUUCCUGAACGGCUGUCGUCCGAAGCAGAAAAGUACUGUGUUCCAAGUAUGGAAUGAUUCGGAAAGACAAGAGCGUGUCAAGAACAUAACAUCAGCUGGCUAUCGAGUUAUACUUUCAUCAUGUUUUCGUAUCUUUGCCAAUAAUUAUGUGGAGCAUUGGUACCCAUACUACGAAUGUGAUCCAAGAGACUUCUCAGAUUCAGAGCAAGAAAAGAAAUUGGUUAUUGGUGGUGAAGCUUUUGUCGUUGGUGAUUUUGUGGAUGAUACGAUUCUUUUCACGCGUUCAUGUAUAUGCGAGAGUUCAUUGAAGUAUAACAUGACUUUUUGGAUUGAAUGCAAAACCACUGAACGAACCGAAAAGCUGUUUACAACUAUGAAAUUUGCAUUUGAAUUAACUGGAUUUCGAACUGAAUCAAAUUCACCAUUUCUUUAUCAAUCUGUGAUGGAUUGUAAUAUAUAA